AUGAAUAGAACCACAGGUACCAAAAGCACCACAGGUACCAGCACCACAGAUACCAACAGAACCACAUGUACCAGCAGUACCACAGGUAUUAGCAGAAUCACAGGUACCAACAGGACCACACGUAUCAACAGCACCACAGGUACCAACAGAACCACAAGUACCAGCACCACAGGUAAUAGGAGAACAACAGGUACUAGCAAAAUCACAGGUACCAGCUCCACAGAUACCAACAGAACCACAGGUACCAGCACCACAGGCAUCAUUAGAACCACAGGUACCAACAGCACCACUAGUACCAGCACCACAGGUACAAGCAGAACAACAGGCACCAACAGCACCACAGAUACCAACAGCACCACACGUACAAGCAGAACAACAGGCACCAACAGCACCACGAGUACCAGCACCACAGGUACCAACAGCACCACAAGUACCAGCACCACAGGCAUCAAUAGAACCACAGGUACCAACAGCACCACAGGCACCAACAGCCUCAUGAGUACCAGCACCACAGGCACCAACAGCACCACAAGUACCAGCACCACAGGCAUCAAUAGAACCACAGGUACCAACAGCACCACAGGUAAUAGGAGAAACACAGGUACCAACAGCACCACAGGUACAAGUAGAACAACAGGCACCAGCAGCACCAUGAGUACCAGCACCACAGGCACAAACAGCACCACAGGUAAUAGGAGAACAACAGGUACUAGCAAAAUCACAGGUACCAGCAUCACAGAUACCAGCACCACAGGCAUCAAUAGAACCACAGGUACCAACAGCAUCACUAGUACCAGCACCACAGGUAAUAGGAGAAAAACAGGUACCAACAGCACCACUAGUACCAGCACCACAGGUACUAGCAGAACCACAGGUACCAACAGCACCACAUGUACCAGUAGCACCACAGGUACCAACAGAACCACAGGUAAAAACAGCACCACAUGUACCAAAAGCACCACAGGUAACAGGAGAACAGGUACUAGCAGAACCACAGUUACCAAGAGCACUGCAUGUACCAACAGUACCACAGGAACCAACAGCACCACAGGUACGUGCAGAACCACAGGUACCAGCACCACAGGCAUCAAUAGAAUCACAGGUACCAACAGCACCACAGGUAAUAGAAGAAACACAGAUACCAACAGCACCACAGGUACCAACAGCACCACAAUUACCAGCACCACAGGCAUCAAUAGAACCACAGGUACCAACAGCACCACAGGUAAUAGGAGAAACACAGAUACCAACAGCACCACAGGUACCAACAGCACCACACGUAUCAACAGCACCACAGGUACAAGCAGAACAACAGGCACCAACAGCACCACGAGUACCAGCACCACAGGUACCAACAGAACCACAAGUACCAGCAUCACAGGUACAAACAGCACCACUAGUACCAGCACCACAGGUACCAGCAGAACCACAGGUACCAACAGCACCAUAGGUACCAACAGCACCAUAGGUACCAACAGUACCACACAUACCAGCACCACAGGUACCAACAGCACAGGUACCAACAGCACAGGUUUCUUCAGUACUUUUGCCUCCUAA